AUGCUGUCUCAAGCCCUGGAGAGUGGUCAUCGUAUCGGUGGGCACAUCGUGACACUAUUUUUGUUCACAAAGUCCGACGUGUUCACAGUUCUUAUCCCAAUCAUGCUGGAUCCAGAGGAGGACCAGAAAAACAAGCCUUAUCGCCCUCUCCCUGCCGGUCGUAUAACUGCCCAAAAUGCGGCGGAUGUACGCUGGCUGCUAGUGCCAGUCUGCCUGAUAUUUUCUGCGAUGUACAGCAUCAAGGCUCUCGCUUGUAGCGCUUGUAUAGAAGCCCUCAGCAUCUGGUACAACAAGUUUGGUGGCGAUAAGACUGGGCUUUCGAAGAACCUAUUGACGGCUAUCGCAUAUACCAAUUUCGAAUUAGGUGCAAUGGCCGUGAUUGGAUCCAGUAUUGAUAACAUUGGAGCAUGUGCAGUCGCCUUCAGCUCUGUAGUGUUUGCAACGAUACUUCAUGCACAAGAUUUCAAAGAUGAGGAGGGAGAUCGAUUGACGGGAAGACCCACUCUUGUCAUUCUGUUCCCUACCUUUGCGCGUAUGUCCAUGAUGAUUGGUAUCCCACUUUGGUCACUCUACCUCAGCAGACUUUGGAAGAUAGAUCUCGUCUGUUCUCUCGCGUUCGUAGCGUACGGAACGAUUGUCGGGGCGAGAUUCAUGGUUUAUAGGACCGCGAGUGCGCACAAACAGUCAUGCAAACUGUAUAGCCUCUGGUUUACCCUUGUGCACUUACUCCCUGGCUAUUGGCGAUUCUUCUACAGCACUUGAAAUUAGAAGCCCAGUGCAAGUUGCACAUGUAAUAAUGUAUUAUAUUACGAAGGAGAUACUUGCAAUAGUAGACUGUAAAGAUGGCUUCGCCUCUAGCGAUGGACACACUGCAUCAGACACUUCAACGAUUCUGACUGUAUGCUUGUUUCCGAUUCUUUGCCUUCAAUAUUCCACAAUCUCACACCUUCGUUUAUAUCCUUCUACUCAUUCACUGCUUUGUUUGAUUAUCGUCUCAUUCGCACUCAUGCGAACGCCUUUCCAUUUCACGUCUCACUACUCGCGCUUUGACAGCGCUUAGAUCUCGUCGCAUGUAAAAACCGCAUGUAUAUCUUCAUAUCUC